CGCAGCUCCCUUUGCGCGCGGGCCGCAGUGCGCAGCGGAGGGUCAGGUGGAGGCAGCUCGUCCUCCACUGAUUUCUCCAGUCUGCCACACUCGGGCUCCCCUCUCACCCACAAUGAGCGCGUACGGGUCGCAGCAGAAGCUCAACAUGAGCCGGAGGAUGGGCUCCAGGGGCGAUCUGGCCGGCGGUGGCGGAGGGUCUUUUUACGCACGCAGCGAGGUGGUGCACGGAGGGGGUUACGGAUACCCCGUAGCAGAGGGACAGAGAGCCUACUCCACUUCAAAGACCUUACCCAAGGAGGCCAUGAUGGGUGGCAGGGGCGAGAUGAUGCACGGACGCAGUGCUGAGUUUGACUCUGGCAUGGAUGACUACAGAACCUACUCGGUUACUAAGUCCCUGCAAAGAUCAGCCACCGUUGGUGGAUCCAGCACGUACCAGAAGGUUUCAGCCCUGCAGGCCGAGUGCCAGGACUUCCUGAGUAGGGCCGAGUUCUGCAUCCAGUCCGGCAAAGCUCCGGCUGAUGCAGAAUACUACAUGGGGAUGGCAAAAGACGCCAUUGUGAAGCUAAAGCAUCAUGCCAUGGACAUGAAACAAAUAGGACAGCCGACUGACUACAUAGCCAGGAGCGUGGAGGUUUACAGCGACCAGCUGAACGGGGUCCACAUGGCCCUGACAGGAACCUCAAAGAGGAAGAAGAGCACCAGAGGAGGUUCUGGGCCUUGGGAGGAUCCUGGAAGGAAGUUCCACGAUGCUUUGGCUUGGAUUGCACAGCAGAAGCGUCUGAUUGAAACCGCCCCCUGGGGCGAUGAGCCGAGCGCCAUCGAGGAACAGCUCAGAAACCACCAGAAGUUUCACAGCUCCAUCCAGAGUUCUCCAGAGGUGGAACAGGCCAGGAAUGACCUGGUGAAGAAAGGAGACAAAGGAUCUCUUAAAGGUCUGGAGCAGGAGAUGGAGAAUCUUCUGAGAAUGUCAAACACUCGGACCCAGCAGCUAAAAGACCUCCAGCAGAUCCUCCAGGACAUUUCCUCAGAGAUCAUGUGGGUGAACGAGAGGGAGGAAGAGGAGCUGAUGUUUGACUGGGGAGAUAAAAACGUUGACAGCUACAUUCCCAAGAAGCAGGAGGGCUACUCGAAACUGAUGAGUGACCUGGAGGUGAAAGAGCAGCACCUGUACAAACUCAAACUCAGAGUGGACGAGUUGCUCUCCACCGACCACCCGGCCUCGGACAAGAUAGAGGCUUACAGGGACACUUUGCAGACUCAGUGGCUUUGGAUUCUCCAGAUUACCAAAUGCAUCGAUACCCACCUGAAGGAGAACGCGGCGUACAGCCAGUUCUUCAAAGAGGCUAAUGGCACCUUCAAGGCUCUCCAACAGGAACAUCAGAAGCUUCGAGACACCUUCAAAUGCGACAAGGACACCAGCCUGGAGGAGCUAACGGAAAUCCUCAAAGGCCUGGAGAGUGAGAGGGAAAGGCUGAUGGAUUUCAAGCGACAGGUGCAACACGUGGUCAGUAAAUCCAAGAGCAUUGUGAGGCUGAAACCCAGAAACCCAGAGGAGAAGGGCAGCAGUGGCACCAUCGUCAGGGCUCUGUGUGACUUCCAACAAGAGCAGAAGGUGAUCUGUAAAGACAACGAAGCCAUCCUGAAGGACAACAGCCAGCGCAGUAAAUGGCUCAUCAUCGGUCCUGGAGGUCUGGAUAUGAUAGUGCCGUCUGUGUGUCUGAUCGUGCCACCUCCUAAUCCACUGAGCAUCAGCCUUGCCAACAAGAAUGAGCAGUUUUAUGAAGCCUUCCUAAACCUCUGGAAUCAGCUGUACAUCAAUGUUAAGAGUCUCAUGGCCUGGAACUACUGUCUGCAGGACAUCAAAUACAUCCGCUCCCUCACUAUCUCCAUGUUGUCUGAGAUGCGACCUGAGGAAUAUCGACAAAUCAUCAAGAACCUGGAGUCUCAUUACGAGGAUUUCAAAGCAACCAGCCAUGAAACCAACCUCUUUGCUGAAGAAGACAAGAUGAUCAUCGAAAACCAGUUUGUUGAAGCACAAAACCAUUAUGACAAACUGGUGGUCGAGCUGCCGACUUACAGUGCUUCUUCAAGUCACGUAGAAGUACAACAACAACAACAAAUCCCCGUGCAACAACAAAUCCCCGUGCAACAACAAAUUUCCAUGCAACAACCCCAGCAGCACCUAAUUCUUAUACAGCAGCCACAACUGCAAUUCCAACAACUGCAGCUGCAACAACAGCACCAACUGCAGCUGCAGCUACAACAACAGCAGCUGCAACUGCAACAACAAAAAAUUGCUGCUGAGGAAGAGGCCAGGAAGCUGGAAGAAGCCAGGAAGCUGGAGGAGGAAAGGAAGCUUGAAGAGGCAAGGAAGGUGGAAGAGGCCAGGAAGGUGGAAGAGGCCAGAAGGUUGGAAGAAGCCAGAAGGUUGGAAGAAGCCAGAAGGUUGGAUGAAGCCAGAAGGUUGGAAGAGGCCAGAAGGUUGGAUGAAGCCAGGAGGUUGGAAGAGGCCAGGAGGUUGGAAGAGGCCAGAAGGUUGGAUGAGGCCAGGAGGUUGGAAGAGGUCAGGAGGUUGGAAGAGGCCAGGAGGUUGGAAGAACGACGGCGAGCAGAGCUUAAAAAACAGAUGGAGAGAAAAAUAGAAGCAAAGAAAGAGGUAGUAGAACAACCAAUCAAGAGGGAUGUGUUGAAGUUGACCAAGACAGAACAAAAGAGGAAGACCUCCUCAUCUAGCUCUUUUACUUCCUCAUCUUCUCGUAUCUUAUCCGAGCUGCAUUCACUCAGAUUAAGGAUGGAGAGUGCUGAAGGUGCCCUAAGCCAGCAUGUUCACAUCUGCUUUGGAGAUGAUGGAGCGCGAGACUGUAGCUUUAAGAUUAAUCAGCUGGAGUCCGUGCAGCAUGACGUGGACUUGAUGCGUGAGGAGUAUCUACGUUUGAGAGAACGUAUUUUGAGGGAGCUAGACGAUAUGAGUGAUUCAGAUAAAGCUCAGUUCCUCCGCAACGAGAUUGGAAUGAUCAACCAGAGACUGGGCAAUCUGGAGAGCAGCUCAUCCGCUUAUGUACAACGGCUGCGGGCUUUAAGAGACAUGCUGGAGAACAUUGCACGAGCUGAAGACAUUGUGAAAGUUCACGAAGCUCGACUGACAGAAAAAGAGACCACGUCCCUGUCUCCAGCUGAAGUCAGCGAAUACAUGGCGACCCUGAAGAGUAUCAAAGCAGAGUUGGAUCAAAAGAAAGACAUUUUUACCGCCAUGGAAGCGGCAUUGACAAAGGCAAACUACUGGAACAGCCAGGUGGGAAGCUCCUCUCACAGGUGUGACUUGAUGCAGUCAAGAAACACAGAGCAGGUGGGCAUGCUGUCCGACAGGUGGAGACGAAUCCAUGACCAGAUUGACACCAGACUGCAGGACCUGCAAGUGUACAUGCCUCAGCUGCAGCACUACAAACAAACCAGUACCUCCAUCAGUGAAUGGAUUGAUGUCACUCGGAAAAAACAGGACACCUUGCAGGCCACGAAGGUGGAAACCGUCCAAGCACUCAAAGACCACAUCAACAAUCAAAAGGCCUUGAACUCAGAAAUCAAAGCGAAGAGGGAGACGAUAGAGAGUGUGCUGAGAGACAACGAGGCUUGUGUGAAUACUAUUAAGGACUAUGAGACUGACCUUGCCUCGUACACAUCUGGCUUAGAAACACUGCUCAACAUUCCCAUCAAGAGGACAAUGCUGAAGUCCCCAUCGAUGGAUCUCAACCAAGAGGUCAUACAACUUCAAACUCGUUACAUGGAGCUGCUUACACUGUCCGGUGAUCACUAUAAGUUCUUGGGACAGCUACUCAAAAAUUUGGAGGAGCUCAAGAUGCGCAACACUCAGAUUGACCUGCUUCAAGAAGAACUUCGCCAGCUGAAGGACGAAAUGAAAGAUCGUAACUCCAAGAACAAAUCACUGGAAGAUGCUGUUGCUCGAUACCAGCUGGAACUGUCUCAAUUCAAGGACCAGGUGCUGUCGCUGGAGGAGGUGAAGAGAACUACAGUGCUACAGUGCAGUGUCACCAAGGACAGUCUAGACUCCACUCAAAGCAAGGUGGCAGAGCUCAACGAUGAGGUAGAACGUCUGAAGUACCAACUGAGUGAAGAAAAAAGGAAGACGAAGCUAGCAGAGGAGCGCUACGUUCAGCAGCAAGAAGAGUAUGAUUUAGUUCUGAAGAAGAGGCAGAAAGAGCUGGAGACCGUCAGCUGGUCUAAGGUGGAGGUAGAGAAAAGUGUGACAAUCAAAGAACGUGAGAUCGAGCUGCUGAGACGGCAGCUGGCUGAAGAGUCAGCAAAGGUCAUGGAGCUACAAAAAGACAUGUCAAAGGUAAGGAGCCAAAUCUGUACGAACAUCAAUAAAUUAAAGCUCGGCUAUGAAUACCAAAUCCAGCUAAGUCGCACAGAGAUUGAAACGCUGGAGGCCCAGAGGGCUGAUGUUACAGCAAAGCUCCAGCUGCAGUAUGACAGGAUGGAGGCAGACAGGAGGGAUCUGGAGGAGGAACUCAGGCGACUCAGGAUUUCUGUCAGCCAGGCUGAGGAGGAAAAAGAGAGGGCAGAGUAUGAGACCUGCCGUCAACGGGCCACGCUGAUGGAGGAAGGGUGCAAGAGGAGAGAAAUGGAAAGUCGAGUGGAGCUACUAAUGAGGCAGAAAGAUGAGGAAAGAAACCAGUACAGAGAGGAGCUAGCUGAGGUGAUGAAUACCCUGCAGGAGAAGAGCGACCAACUAGUUUAUGUAACUCACAGCCUACAGGAGGAGACCCGGAGGAGGAAAACCACAGAAGAAGGGCAGGCUGUUCUUGAGCAGUCUUUGGUCGAGCUGCAACUGAAAAUAACCAACUCGUCGGUGGCUACGACACAGCUGAGAGAGUGUGACCAGGAGCUGCAGCAGACACGUUUAGAGCUGGAAAGAGAAAACAAAGAGAGAUACAGAGUAGAACAAAAACUGAGCAGGUUACAGGGACGAAUUAAAGACCUGCAGGCUGUGAGAGAUGGGCUUGAGAGUCAGGUGGAGAAUCUGAGGAAAGCUCACCAAGAAGAAGUGAGUAAAAGGAUGCAGGUGGAAGUGGAACUGGAGAAGACCACCUUGACCGUGGCAGAGUACAUCAGCACCAUUUCUGAACUGCGCCAGAGCCAUGAACAAACAUGCACAUCAGAAAAAAGAGGUGAAGAAGAGCGUCUCAGGCUGAAGGAGGACCUUGAGAAAACCUUGAGACAAAAUCAGAGUUCUGCAGAGCUCAAAACUCAGCUCAGCGAUGAGCUAAAAUCUCUGAAGCAGCAGCUUCUGCAGGAGGAAGUCCGGGUUAAAGACGCAAACCUCAGAAAUGAGGAUCUCAACAAGACUAUUGAAGAGAAGAAUGAGAUAAUUAAUGAGAACUUUGUGGAGCUUCAAAGGCUGAAAGAAAUGAUAGAAACCCAGACUAAAGAAAGGAUGAGGUUAGACGAAGAGCUGAGGUCAGCACGACAAGCUAAAGAAGAACUCUUGAAAUCUAAAAAAGGAAUGGAUGAUGAGCUCUCCUCACAGAUUACUGCCCUGGAACUGCAGCUGCAAGCCAGUGAGCGAAGCAAUCUAGACCACAGCAACCUGGUCUCAGAAUUCUCCUCUGAGCGGGAGAAACUGAAGCUGGAGGCAGAGAAAAUGCUAAAGCAGGUCACAGAGGCAAAAACAACAAUGCAAUCCAUUCAGUCCCAGUAUAACGAUAUUGUAAAUGAGAGAGACACCUUGCUACUGAAAUUGCAGCGGUUGGAAAUGGACAAAGAACAAAGCCAAAGGCUAGAGGAAGAACUCAGUCGCAUUAGAUUGUCUUUUGAUUCUGAGCUUCGCAACAGGCAACGUCUACAAGAGGAAAAUGACAGAAUGAAAAGAGAUUUAAGUUACUGGAAGGAACAAUGUGAUGGUAAGCAGAGCAUGACAAGACAAUAUGACACAGAAAAGAAUAUUGUUGAGAGGGAGACGUAUCAAAGCAGACUGGUUACACAAACCGUGGGGACUGAGCUGAAAAGUACCAGGGAGCCGCCGCCCCCUGAUACUUCCUCUUUAGUAUUUGAUGGAGUUCGUAAACCAGUCACAGCAAAGCAAUUAGUUGACUGCGGUGUAUUAGACCCACCCACAUUUAGCCUGCUUGUGAAGGGACACAAAACUGUUCCUGAAGUGGCCAGUGACAAAAAAGUCAGUCUAAAAGGCACAGGCCCAAUAGCUGGGGUGAUAAUUGAAGGUUCAAAAGCUCCAGGGUCCAGCAUGUUCCCUAAUUGCAAACUGACAUUCACAGAAGCCAAGAAAGAAAACCUCCUUCCACCAGACAGCAUUGAUUUACUACUAGAUGCCCAAGCAGCUACAGGCCACAUAAUUGACCCUAGAACUAAUCAGAAGUUAACAGUAGAGGAAGCAUGUAAUCAAGGAGUUAUUUAUUAUGAAGACAGAGAAAGGUUGCUAGCAGCAGAAGCAGCGGCAGUGGGAUUCAGUGGACCUGGCACAAACAAACCACUCUCAGUGUUUCAGGCAAUGAAGAAGGGACUUAUUGACAAGAACACAACCCUGCGUCUUUUACAGGCCCAAGAGUCAGUGGGUGGGGUUUUAGAUCCCGUAUUGAGUGUGUUCCUUCCCAGAGACUCAGCUACUGAACGUAGCCUAAUUGAUGAUAACAUUUGUUCUGCGUUGAACCAGAGACCUGAACUAUAUCUAGACCCAGAAACAGAGGAAGGUGUGACAUAUAUGUCAAUGAAGAGGAGAUGUAAGAUAGAGCCAAAUACAGGCCUUCUUCUUCUUCCAGUGCCUCAAAAGGUGGAUCCGUCUGAACUUGUCUUUGACGGUGUUCGUAAACCUGUCAAUGCCAAACAGCUGCUUGAUUGCGAUGUCCUUGACAAGCCAACAUUUAAAGAGCUGGAAAAUGGAAAAAAGUCUGUCCCUGAAGUAUCUGUUGAUAAAAAUGUUAAUCUGAAAGGAACAGGGCCAAUUGCUGGUGUUAUAGUAGGAAAACGAGGAAAAAUGUCUUUGACUGAUGCCAAGAAAAAAAUGCUACUUCCUGAGGAAAGUGCAGAUUUGCUACUGGAAGCUCAGGCUGCUACUGGACACAUCAUUGAUCCAAAAGCCAACAAGAAGUUCACAGUAGAGGAGGCCUGUGCAAGAUCUGUCAUCGAUAUUAAUGACCUGGACAGAUUGAUGGCAGCGGAAGCAGCAGCUGUAGGUUACAAAGAUCCUACUGCUGCAAAGCCCAUCUCUGUGUUUAAAGCCAUCAAGAAGGGAAUGAUUGACGAGGAGACUGGGAUACGUCUGCUGCAAGCACAGGAAUCAGUGGGAGGAAUUCUAGAUCCCAAUCUUAGUGUAUUUCUACCAAAAGACACAGCUAUUAAACGAAACCUGAUAGAUAGAAAUCUCUGUCAAGCUCUAAAACAGAAUCCUGCAUGUUAUAUUGAGCCAGAAACAGAGCAAAAUGUGAGUUAUGAAGCUCUGAAGGAAAAAUGUAAAAUAGAACCUCAUACAGGCUUGCUGCUUUUACCAAUCACUGAUAAGUUGGAUCCCUCUGAUCUGAUAUUUGACGGUGUACGUAAACCUGUAACAGCAAAGCAACUACUUGACUGUGGUGUCCUGGACAAACCAACCUUUAACAAACUUCUGAAAGGGGAAAAAACUGUCCCUGAGGUGUCUGUGGAUAAAAAGAUACCUCUAAAAGGGACAGGACCAAUUGCUGGAUUGACAGUUGGACCAUUAGGAAAAAUGUCUUUAACAGAGGCCAAGAAACAGAUGCUCAUGUCUCCAGAUAGUGCAGAUUUGCUACUAGAAGCCCAGGCUGCCACAGGACACAUCAUUGACCCCAUGUCCAACAAAAAGCUGACAGUAGAGGAAGCGUGUACAAAGGGAGUCGUGGACAAAGGUGAUAAAGAUAAACUCUUGGCAGCUGAAGCUGCUGCUGUGGGAUAUCCAGAUCCUCUCACAGGUAAAAAUCUUUCAGUUUUUGAAGCCAUGAAGAAGGGAAUAAUUGACAAAAAGACUGCAGUGCGUUUGCUACAAGCCCAGGAUUGUGUAGGAGGUAUCCUUGAUCCAAACCUCAGUGUGUUCCUCCCCAAAGAAACAGCUAUUAGGCGCAACCUUUUGGAUCAAGACCUCAGCCGUGCACUGAACAAAAAUCCAGAGUGCUUCCUUGAUCCAGAAAAUGAAGAUAACACUAGCUAUGGGACAAUGAAGAAAAAAUGCAAAACAGAGCCAGAAACAGGUCUGAUUCUUUUGCAAAUUGCAGAGAGGAAAGAUCCCUCAAAACUGAUGUUUGACGGUGUCCGCAAGCAGGUUUCGGCAAAGCAGCUGCUGGAAUGCAAUGUCCUAGACAAACCAACUUUUAACAAGCUGAUUAAAGGAGAAAACUCUGUCCCUGAGGUGUCUGUGGAUAAAAAGGUCAUUUUAAAAGGGACAGGCCCAAUUGCUGGAGUGGUGGCUGGACCUUUAGGCAAAAUGUCUUUUUCAGAGGCCAAGAAACAGAUGCUCAUGCCUCCGGACAGUGCUGAUUUAUUAUUAGCAGCUCAGGCUGCCACAGGACACAUCAUUGACCCCAUGACUAAUCAAAAGCUGACAGUAGAAGAAGCAUGUGCAAGGGGAGUGGUGGACAAAGUUGAUAAAGAUAAACUAUUGGCAGAUGAAGCUGCUGCUGUGGGAUAUAAAGAUCCACAGACAGGUAAAUCUCUUUCAGUGUUUGAGGCAAUGAAGAAAGGACUAGUUGACAAACCGACUGCAGUGCGCUUGCUACAAGCUCAGGAGUCUACAGGAGGUAUUCUCGAUCCAAACCUCAGUGUUUUCCUUCCCAAAGACACAGCCAUUAAACGCAACCUUUUGGAUCAUGACCUAAGCCGUGCACUGAACCAAAAUCCAGACUGCUUCCUUGAUCCAGACACUGAAAAUAACACUAGCUAUGAGACAUUGAAGAAAAAAUGCAAAAUAGAGCAAGGAACAGGUCUGAUUCUUUUACCAAUUGCAGAAAGGAAAGACCCCGCCAAACUAAUGUUUGAUGGUGUUCGAAAGCCAGUCUCUGCACAGCAGUUGCUGGAAUGUGGCGUGCUUGACAAACCAACAUUUGACAAGUUGAUAAAAGGGGAGAAAACUGUCCCUGAGGUGUCUGUAGAUAAAAAAGUUAUUCUAAAGGGGACAGGCCCAAUUGCUGGAGUGGUGGCUGGACCCUUAGGAAAAAUGUCUUUGUCAGAGGCCAAGAAACAGAUGCUCAUGCCUCCAGAUAGUGCAGAUUUUCUACUAGAAGCCCAGGCUGCCACAGGACACAUCAUUGACCCCAUGUCCAACAAAAAAUUGACAGUAGAGGAAGCAUGUACAAAGGGAGUCGUGGACAAAAGUGAUAAAGAUAAGCUCUUGGCAGCUGAAGCUGCUGCUGUGGGAUAUCCAGAUCCUCUCACGGGUAAAAAUCUUUCAGUUUUUGAAGCCAUGAAGAAGGGAAUAAUUGACAAAAAGACUGCAGUGCGUUUGCUACAAGCCCAGGAGUGUGUAGGAGGUAUCCUCGAUCCAAACCUCAGUGUUUUCCUCCCUAGAGACACGGCUGUUAAGCGAAGCCUUUUAGAUCAAGAUCUCAGUCGCGCACUGAACCAAAAUCCUGAGUGCUUCCUUGAUCCAGACACUGAAAGUGAUGCCAACUAUGGAACUUUAAAGAAAAAAUGCAAGACAGAGCCCCACACUGGUAUGUCUCUUCUCCCAAUUGCUGAAAGAAAAGACCCUUCAAAGUUGUUGUUUGAUGGUGUUCGCAAGCCCGUAUCAGCACAGCAAUUGCUAGAAUGCGGUGUCCUUGACAAACCAACAUUUGACAAGUUGAUAAAAGGAGAGAAAACUGUCCCUGAGGUGUCUGUGGAUAAAAAAGUAUCUCUUAAGGGGACAGGGCCAAUUGCUGGAGUGGCAGCUGGACCUUUGGGCAAAAUGUCUUUAUCAGAGGCCAAGAAACAGAUGCUCAUGCCUCCAGAUAGCGCAGAUUUACUACUAGAAGCUCAGGCUGCCACAGGACACAUCAUUGACCCCAUGUCAAAUCAAAAGCUGACAGUAGAAGAGGCAUGUACAAGGGGACUGGUGGAUAAAGGUGAUAAAGAUAAACUCCUAGAAGCUGAAGCUGCUGCUGUGGGAUAUAAAGAUCCCAGAACUGGUCAAUCUGUCUCAGUGUUUGAAGCAAUGAAGAAGGGGCUAAUUGACAAAAAAACUGCAGUGCGCUUGCUACAAGCCCAGGAGUCUGCAGGAGGUAUUCUUGAUCCCAACCUUAGCGUUUUUCUUCCCAAAGACACAGCUAUUGAGCGCAGCCUUUUGGAUCAAGACCUCAGCCGUGCACUCAACCAAAAUCCAGACUGCUUCCUUGAUCCAGACACUGAACGCAACACAAGCUAUGGGACUUUGAAGAAAAAAUGCAAAAAAGACGCUCUCACAGACCUGAUUCUUUUACCAAUUGAAGAAAGGAAAGACCCCUCUAAACUGAUGUUUGAUGGUGUUCGAAAGCCAGUCUCUGCACAGCAGUUGCUGGAAUGUGGCGUGCUUGACAAACCAACAUUUGACAAGUUGAUAAAAGGGGAGAAAACUGUCCCUGAGGUGUCUGUAGAUAAAAAAGUUAUUCUAAAGGGGACAGGACCAAUUGCUGGAGUGGUGGCUGGACCAUUAGGAAAAAUGUCUUUGUCAGAGGCCAAGAAACAGAUGCUCAUGUCUCCAGAUAGUGCAGAUUUACUACUAGAAGCCCAGGCUGCCACAGGACACAUCAUUGACCCCAUGUCCAACAAAAAAUUGACAGUAGAGGAAGCAUGUACAAAGGGAGUCGUGGACAAAAGUGAUAAAGAUAAGCUCUUGGCAGCUGAAGCUGCUGCUGUGGGAUAUCCAGAUCCUCUCACGGGUAAAAAUCUUUCAGUUUUUGAAGCCAUGAAGAAGGGAAUAAUUGACAAAAAGACUGCAGUGCGUUUGCUACAAGCCCAGGAGUGUGUAGGAGGUAUCCUCGAUCCAAACCUCAGUGUGUUCCUCCCUAGAGACACUGCUGUUAAGCGAAGCCUUUUAGAUCAAGAUCUCAGUCGCGCACUGAACCAAAAUCCUGAGUGCUUCCUUGAUCCAGACACUGAAAGUGAUGCCAACUAUGGAACUUUAAAGAAAAAAUGCAAGACAGAGCCCCACACUGGUAUGGCUCUUCUCCCAAUUGCUGAAAGAAAAGACCCCUCAAAGUUGUUGUUUGAUGGUGUUCGCAAGCCCGUAUCAGCACAGCAAUUGCUAGAAUGCGGUGUCCUUGACAAACCAACAUUUGACAAGUUGAUAAAAGGAGAGAAAACUGUCCCUGAGGUGUCUGUGGAUAAAAAAGUAUCUCUUAAGGGGACAGGGCCAAUUGCUGGAGUGGCAGCUGGACCUUUGGGCAAAAUGUCUUUAUCAGAGGCCAAGAAACAGAUGCUCAUGCCUCCAGAUAGCGCAGAUUUACUACUAGAAGCUCAGGCUGCCACAGGACACAUCAUUGACCCCAUGUCCAAUCAAAAGCUGACAGUAGAAGAGGCAUGUACAAGGGGAGUGGUGGAUAAAGGUGAUAAAGAUAAACUCCUAGAAGCUGAAGCUGCUGCUGUGGGAUAUAAAGAUCCCAGAACUGGUGAAUCUCUGUCAGUGUUUGAAGCAAUGAAGAAGGGGCUAAUUGACAGAAAAACUGCAGUGCGCUUGCUACAAGCCCAGGAGUCUGCAGGAGGUAUUCUUGAUCCCAACCUUAGCGUUUUUCUUCCCAAAGACACAGCUAUUGAGCGCAACCUUUUGGAUCAAGACCUCAGCCGUGCACUCAACCAAAAUCCAGACUGCUUCCUUGAUCCAGACACUGAACGCAACACAAGCUAUGGGACUUUGAAGAAAAAAUGCAAAAAAGACGCUCUCACAGACCUGAUUCUUUUACCAAUUGCAGAAAGGAAAGACCCCUCUAAACUAAUGUUUGAUGGUGUUCGAAAGCCAGUCUCUGCACAGCAGUUGCUAGAAUGUGGCUUGCUUGACAAACCAACAUUUGACAAGUUGAUAAAAGGGGAGAAAACUGUCCCUGAGGUAUCUGUAGAUAAAAAAGUUAUUCUAAAGGGGACGGGACCAAUUGCUGGAGUGGUGGCUGGACCAUUAGGAAAAAUGUCUUUGUCAGAGGCCAAGAAACAGAUGCUCAUGUCUCCAGAUAGUGCAGAUUUACUACUAGAAGCCCAGGCUGCCACAGGACACAUCAUUGACCCCAUGUCCAACAAAAAAUUGACAGUAGAGGAAGCAUGUACAAAGGGAGUCGUGGACAAAAGUGAUAAAGAUAAACUCUUGGCAGCUGAAGCUGCUGCUGUGGGUUAUCCAGAUCCUCUCACGGGUAAAAAUCUUUCAGUUUUUGAAGCCAUGAAGAAGGGAAUAAUUGACAAAAAGACUGCAGUGCAUUUGCUACAAGCCCAGGAGUGUGUAGGAGGUAUCCUUGAUCCAAACCUCAGUGUGUUCCUCCCUAGAGACACGGCUGUUAAGCGAAGCCUUUUAGAUCAAGAUCUGAGUCGCGCACUGAACCAAAAUCCUGAGUGCUUCCUUGAUCCAGACACUGAAAGUGAUGCCAACUAUGGAACUUUAAAGAAAAAAUGCAAGACAGAGCCCCACACUGGCAUGGCUCUUCUCCCAAUUGCUGAAAGAAAAGACCCCUCAAAGUUGUUGUUUGAUGGCGUUCGCAAGCCCGUAUCAGCACAGCAAUUGCUAGAAUGCGGUGUCCUUGACAAACCAACAUUUGACAAGUUGAUAAAAGGAGAGAAAACUGUCCCUGAGGUGUCUGUGGAUAAAAAAGUAUCUCUUAAGGGGACAGGGCCAAUUGCUGGAGUGGAAGCUGGACCUUUGGGCAAAAUGUCUUUAUCAGAGGCCAAGAAACAGAUGCUCAUGCCUCCAGAUAGCGCAGAUUUACUACUAGAAGCUCAGGCUGCCACAGGACACAUCAUUGACCCCAUGUCCAUUCAAAAGCUGACAGUAGAAGAGGCAUGUACAAGGGGAGUGGUGGAUAAAGGUGAUCAAGAUAAACUCCUAGAAGCUGAAGCUGCUGCUGUGGGAUAUAAAGAUCCCAGAACUGGUCAAUCUCUGUCAGUGUUUGAAGCAAUGAAGAAGGGGCUAAUUGACAGAAAAACUACAGUGCGUUUGCUACAAGCCCAGGAGUCUGCAGGAGGUAUUCUUGAUCCCAACCUUAGCGUUUUUCUUCCCAAAGACACAGCUAUUAAGCGCAACCUUUUGGAUCAAGACCUCAGCCGUGCACUCAACCAAAAUCCAGACUGCUUCCUUGAUCCAGACACUGAACGCAACACAAGCUAUGGGACUUUGAAGAGAAAAUGCAAAAAAGACGCUCUCACAGACCUGAUUCUUUUACCAAUUGCAGAAAGGAAAGACCCCUCUAAACUAAUGUUUGAUGGUGUUCGAAAGCCAGUCUCUGCACAGCAGUUGCUGGAAUGUGGCGUGCUUGACAAACCAACAUUUGACAAGUUGAUAAAAGGGGAGAAAACUGUCCCUGAGGUGUCUGUAGAUAAAAAAGUUAUUCUAAAGGGGACAGGACCAAUUGCUGGAGUGGUGGCUGGACCAUUAGGAAAAAUGUCUUUGUCAGAGGCCAAGAAACAGAUGCUCAUGCCUCCAGAUAGUGCAGAUUUACUACUAGAAGCCCAGGCUGCCACAGGACACAUCAUUGACCCCAUGUCCAACAAAAAAUUGACAGUAGAGGAAGCAUGUACAAAGGGAGUCGUGGACAAAAGUGAUAAAGAUAAACUCUUGGCAGCUGAAGCUGCUGCUGUGGGUUAUCCAGAUCCUCUCACGGGUAAAAAUAUUUCAGUUUUUGAAGCCAUGAAGAAGGGAAUAAUUGACAAAAAGACUGCAGUGCGUUUGCUACAAGCCCAGGAGUGUGUAGGAGGUAUCCUCGAUCCAAACCUCAGUGUUUUCCUCCCUAGAGACACGGCUGUUAAGCGAAGCCUUUUAGAUCAAGAUCUGAGUCGCGCACUGAACCAAAAUCCUGAGUGCUUCCUUGAUCCAGACACUGAAAGUGAUGCCAACUAUGGAACUUUAAAGAAAAAAUGCAAGACAGAGCCCCACACUGGUAUGUCUCUUCUCCCAAUUGCUGAAAGAAAAGACCCCUCAAAGUUGUUGUUUGAUGGCGUUCGCAAGCCCGUAUCAGCACAGCAAUUGCUAGAAUGUGGUGUCCUUGACAAACCAACAUUAGACAAGUUGAUAAAAGGAGAGAAAACUGUCCCUGAGGUGUCUGUGGAUAAAAAAGUAUCUCUUAAGGGGACAGGGCCAAUUGCUGGAGUGGCAGCUGGACCUUUGGGCAAAAUGUCUUUUUCAGAGGCCAAGAAACAGAUGCUCAUGCCUCCAGAUAGUGCAGAUUUACUACUAGAAGCUCAGGCUGCCACAGGACACAUCAUUGACCCCAUGUCCAAUCAAAAGCUGACAGUAGAAGAGGCAUGUACAAGGGGAGUGGUGGAUAAAGGUGAUAAAGAUAAACUCCUAGAAGCUGAAGCUGCUGCUGUGGGAUAUAAAGAUCCCAGAACUGGUCAAUCUCUCUCCGUGUUUGAAGCAAUGAAGAAGGGGCUAAUUGACAGAAAAACUGCAGUGCGCUUGCUACAAGCUCAGGAGUCUGCAGGAGGUAUUCUUGACCCAAACCUCAGCGUUUUCCUCCCUAAAGACACGGCCAUUAAGUGCAACCUUUUGGAUCAAGACCUCAGCCGUUCACUGAGCCAAAAUCCUGAGUGCUUCCUUGAUCCAGACACUGAACGCAACACAAGCUAUGGGGCUUUGAAGAAAAAAUGCAAAAAAGACCCUCUCUCAGGCCUGAUUCUUUUACCAAUUGCAGAAAGGAAAGACCCCUCUAAACUAAUGUUUGAUGGUGUUCGAAGGCCAGUCUCUGCACAGCAGUUGCUAGAAUGUGGCGUGCUUGACAAACCAACAUUUGACAAGUUGAUAAAAGGGGAGAAAACUGUCCCUGAGGUGUCUGUAGAUAAAAAAGUUAUUCUAAAGGGGACAGGCCCAAUUGCUGGAGUGGUGGCUGGACCAUUAGGAAAAAUGUCUUUGUCAGAGGCCAAGAAACAGAUGCUCAUGUCUCCCGAUAGUGCAGAUUUACUACUAGAAGCCCAGGCUGCCACAGGACACAUCAUUGACCCCAUGUCAAAUCAAAAGCUGACAGUAGAGGAAGCAUGUACAAAGGGAGUCAUGGACAAAAGUGAUAAAGAUAAACUCUUGGCAGCUGAAGCUGCUGCUGUGGGAUAUCCAGAUCCUCUCACAGGUAAAAAUCUUUCAGUUUUUGAAGCCAUGAAGAAGGGAAUAAUUGACAAAAAGACUGCAGUGCGUUUGCUACAAGCCCAGGAUUGUGUAGGAGGUAUCCUCGAUCCAAACCUCAGUGUGUUCCUCCCUAGAGACACGGCUGUUAAGCGACGCCUUUUAGAUCAAGAUCUCAGUCGCGCACUGAACCAAAAUCCCAAGUGCUUCCUUGAUCCAGACACUGAAAGUGAUGCCAACUAUGGAACUUUAAAGAAAAAAUGCAAGACAGAGCCCCACACUGGCAUGGCUCUUCUCCCAAUUACUGAAAGAAAAGAUCCCUCAAAACUGUUGUUUGAUGGCGUUCGCAAGCCCGUAUCAGCACAGCAAUUGCUAGAAUGUGGCGUCCUUGACAAACCAACAUUUGACAAGUUGAUAAAAGGAGAGAAAACUGUCCCUGAGGUGUCUGUGGAUAAAAAAGUAUCUCUUAAGGGGACAGGGCCAAUUGCUGGAGUGGCAGCUGGACCAUUAGGAAAAAUGUCUUUGUCAGAGGCCAAGAAACACAUGCUUUUGCCUCCAGAUAGUGCAGAUUUACUACUAGAAGCUCAGGCUGCAAUAGGACACAUCAUUGACCCCAUGUCAAAUCAAAAGCUGACAGUAGUUGAAGCCUGUACAAGGGGAGUGGUGGACAAAGGUGAUAAAGAUAAACUCUUAGCAGCUGAAGCUGCUGCUGUAGGAUUUAAAGACCCUCGCACAGGUCAAUCUCUGUCAGUUUUUGAGGCAAUGAAGAAGGGGAUAAUUGACAAAAAGACGGCAGUGCGUUUGCUACAAGCUCAGGAGUCUGCAGGAGGUAUUCUUGACCCAAACCUCAGCGUUUUCCUCCCUAAAGACACAGCCAUGAAGCGCAACCUUUUGGAUCAAGACCUCAGCCGUGCACUGAGCCAAAAUCCUGAAUGCUUCCUUGAUCCAGACACUGAACGCAACACAAGCUAUGGGGCUUUGAAGAAAAAAUGCAAAAAAGACCCUCUCUCAGACCUGAUUCUUUUACCAAUUGCAGCAAGAAAAGACCCCUCUAAACUAAUGUUUGAUGGUGUUCGAAAGCCAGUCUCUGCACAGCAAUUGCUGGAAUGUGGCGUGCUUGACAAACCAACAUUUGACAAGUUGAUAAAAGGGGAGAAAACUGUCCCUGAGGUGUCUGUAGAUAAAAAAGUUAUUCUAAAGGGGACAGGACCAAUUGCUGGAGUGGUGGCUGGACCAUUAGGAAAAAUGUCUUUGUCAGAGGCCAAGAAACAGAUGCUCAUGCCUCCAGAUAGUGCAGAUUUACUACUAGAAGCUCAGGCUGCCACAGGACACAUCAUUGACCCCAUGUCCAAUCAAAAACUGGCAGUAGUUGAAGCGUGUACAAGGGGACUGGUGGACAAAGGUGAUAAAGAUAAACUCUUAGCAGCUGAAGCUGCUGCUGUAGGAUAUAAAGACCCUCGUACAGGUCAAUCUCUAUCAGCAUUUGAGGCAAUGAAGAAGGGAAUAAUUGACAAAAAGACUGCAGUGCGUUUGCUACAAGCCCAGGAAUCUGCUGGAGGUAUUCUUGAUCCAAACCUCAGCGUUUUCCUCCCUAAAAACAUUGCCAUUAAGUUCAACCUUAUGGAUCAAGAUCUCAGUCGUGCAUUGAACCAAAAUCCUGAGUGCUUCCUUGAUCCAGACACUCAAUGUGAUAGUAGUUAUGAUGGUUUGAAGAGAAAAUGCAGAACCGAGCCUCAUACAGGUCUGAUUCUUUUGCCAAUUGCAGAAAGGAAAGACCCCUCCAAUCUGAUGUUUGAUGGUGUUCGCAAACCAGUCUCUGCACAGCAGUUGCUGGACUGUGGCGUGCUUGACAAACCAACAUUUGACAAGUUGAUAAAAGGAGAGAAAACUGUCCCUGAGGUGUCUGUGGAUAAAAAAGUUAUUCUAAAGGGCACAGGCCCAAUUGCUGGAGUGGUGGCUGGACCCUUAGGAAAAAUGUCUUUAUCAGAGGCCAAGAAAAAGAUGCUUAUUCCUCCAGGUAGUGCAGAUUUACUACUAGAAGCUCAAGCUGCCACAGGACACAUCAUUGACCCCAUGUCAAAUCAAAAACUGACAGUAGUUGAAGCAUGUACAAGGGGAGUGGUGGACAAAGGUGAUAAAGAUAAACUCUUAGCAGCUGAAGCUGCUGCUGUGGGAUAUAAAGAUCCUCACACAGGUAAAUCUCUAUCAGUAUAUGAGGCAAUGCAAAAGGGACUAUUUGACAAAAAGACUGCAGUACGUUUGCUACAAGCCCAGGAAUCUGUAGGAGGUAUUCUCGAUCCAAACCUCAGUGUUUUCCUCCCUAGAGACACGGCUGUUAAGCGAAGCCUUUUAGAUCAAGAUCUCAGUCGCGCACUGAACCAAAAUCCUGAGUGCUUCCUUGAUCCAGACACUGAUGUUGGUACCAGCUAUGAGACUUUGAAGAAAAAAUGCACUACAGAGCCCCACACUGGUCUGGCUCUUCUCCCAAUUGCUGAAAGAUUAGACCCUUCAAAGCUGUUGUUUGAUGGUGUUCGCAAACCUGUGUCAGCACAAGAGUUGCUAGAAUGUGGCGUCCUUGACAAACCAACAUUUGACAAGUUGAUAAAAAAAGAGAAAACUGUCUCUGAGGUAUCUGUGGAUAUAAAAGUCAUUCUAAAAGGGACUGGACCAAUUGCAGGAGUGGCAGCUGGACCUCUAGGUAAAAUGUCUUUAUCAGAGGCCAAGAAACAGAUGCUCAUGCCUCCAGAUAGUGCAGAUUUACUAUUAGAAGCCCAGGCUGCCACAGGACACAUCAUUGACCCCAUGUCAAAUCAAAAGCUGACAGUAGUUGAAGCAUGUACAAGGGGACUGGUGGACAAAGGUGAUAAAGAAAAACUUUUAGCAGCUGAGGCUGCUGCUGUGGGAUUUAAAGACCGUCGCACAGGUCAAUCUCUGUCAGUUUCUGAGGCAAUGAAAAAGGGAAUAAUUGACAAAAAGACCGCAGUGCGUUUGCUACAAGCCCAGGAGUCUGCAGGAGGUAUUCUCGAUCCAAACCUUAGCAUUUUUUUCCCUAAAGACACAGCUAUUAAGCGCAACCUUUUGGAUCAAGACCUCAGUCAUGCACUGAACCAAAAUCCAGACUGCUUCCUUGAUCCAGACACUGAAAGCACCACAUGCUAUGGGACUUUGAAGAAAAAAUGCAAAAAAGACCCUCUUACAGACCUGAUCCUUUUGCCAAUUGCAGAAAGGAAAGACCCCUCUAAACUGAUGUUUGACGGUGUUCGCAAGCCAGUCUCAGCACAGCAGUUGCUGGAAUGUGGUAUCCUUGACAAACCAACCUUUAACCAACUGAUGAAGGGAGAGAAAACCGUCACAGAAAUAUCUGUGGAUAAAAAGGACGUUCUAAAAGGGACUGAGCCAAUUGCUGGAUUGUCGGUUGGACCUUUAGGCAAAAUGUCUUUAUCAGAGGCCAAGAAACAGCUGCUCAUCCCCGCAGAUAGUGCAGAUUUACUGCUAGAAGCCCAAGCUGCCACAGGACACAUCAUUGACCCCAUGUCCAAUAAGAAGCUAACAGUAGAGGAAGCGUGUACAAGAGGAGUGGUGGACAAAGGUGAUAAAGAUAAACUCUUAGCAGCUGAAGCUGCUGCUGUAGGAUAUAAAGACCAUCGCACAGGUCAAUCUCUAUCAGUUUUUGAGGCAAUGAAGAAGGGGCUAAUUGACAAAAAGACCGCAGUGCGUUUGCUACAAGCUCAGGAGUCUGCAGGAGGUAUUCUUGACCCAAACCUCAGCGUUUUCCUCCCUAAAGACACAGCCAUUAAGCGCAACCUUUUGGAUCAAGACCUCAGCCGUUCACUGAGCCAAAAUCCUGAGUGCUUCUUUGAUCCAGACACUGAACGCAACACAAGCUAUGGGGCUUUGAAGAAAAAAAGCAAAAAAGACCCUCUCUCAGACCUGAUUCUUUUACCAAUUGCAGAAAGGAAAGACCCGUCCAAGCUUAUGUUUGACGGUGUUCGCAAGUCAGUCUCAGCACAGCAGUUGCUGGAAUGUGGUAUCCUUGACAAACCAACCUUUAACCAACUGAUGAAGGGAGAGAAAACCGUCACAGAAAUUUCUGUGGAUAAAAAGGACGUUCUAAAAGGGACUGAGCCAAUUGCUGGAUUGUCGGUUGGACCUUUAGGCAAAAUGUCUUUAUCAGAGGCCAAGAAACAGAUGCUCAUCCCCGCAGAUAGUGCAGAUUUACUGCUAGAAGCCCAAGCUGCCACAGGACACAUCAUUGACCCCAUGUCAAAUCAAAAGUUGACAGUAGAAGAGGCAUGUACAAGGGGAGUGGUGGAUAAACGUGAUAAAGAUAAACUCUUAGCAGCUGAGGCUGCUGCUGUGGGAUUUAAAGACCGUCGCACAGGUCAAUCUCUAUCAGUUUUUGAGGCAAUGAAGAAGGGGCUAAUUGACAAAAAGACAGCAGUGCGUUUGCUACAAGCUCAAGAGUCUUCAGGAGGUAUUCUUGACCCAAACCUCAGCGUUUUCCUCGCUAAAGACACAGCCAUUAAGCGCAACCUUUUGAAUCAAGACCUCAGCCGUUCAUUGAGCCAAAAUCCAGACUGCUUCCUUGAUCCAGACACUGAACGCAACACAAGCUAUGGUUCUUUGAAGAAAAAAUGCAAAAAAGACCCUCUUACAGACCUGAUUCUUUUACCAAUUGCAGAAAGGAAAGACCCGUCCAAGCUUAUGUUUGACGGUGUUCGCAAGUCAGUCUCAGCACAGCAGUUGCUGGAAUGUGGUAUCCUUGACAAACCAACCUUUAACCAACUGAUGAAGGGAGAGAAAACCGUCACAGAAAUAUCUGUGGAUAAAAAGGACGUUCUAAAAGGGACUGAGCCAAUUGCUGGAUUGUCGGUUGGACCUUUAGGCAAAAUGUCUUUAUCAGAGGCCAAGAAACAGCUGCUCAUUUCCCCCGAUAUUGCAGAUUUGCUACUAGAAGCGCAAGCUGCCACAGGACACAUCAUUGACCCCAUGUCCAAUAAGAAGCUAACAGUAGAGGAAGCGUGUACAAGAGGAGUGGUGGACAAAGGUGAUAAAGAUAAACUCUUAGUAGCUGAAGCUGCUGCUGUAGGAUAUAAAGACCCUCGCACAGGUCAAUCUCUAUCAGUUUUUGAGGCAAUGAAGAAGGGGCUAAUUGACAAAAAGACCGCAGUGCGUUUGCUACAAGCUCAGGAGUCUGCAGGAGGUAUUCUUGACCCAAACCUCAGCGUUUUCCUCCCUAAAGACACAGCCAUUAAGCGCAACCUUUUGGAUCAAGACCUCAGUCGUUCAUUGAGUCAAAAUCCUGAGUGCUUCCUUGAUCCAGACACUGAACGUGUCACCAGUUAUGAGACUCUCAAGAAGAAAUGCAAAACAGAGCCCCACACAGGUCUGGCUCUUCUGCCAAUUGCUGAAAGAAAAGACCCUUCAAACAUUAUGUUUGAAGGGAUUCGCAAGACUGUCUCAGCACAGCAACUGCUCGAAUGUGGUGUUCUAGACAAAUCAACAUUUACUAGGCUUGUCAAUGGGCAAAAAACUCCUCUUGAUGUGGCAGUGGAUCAGAAGGUCUAUCUAAAAGGAACUGGGCCUAUUGCCGGGAUUGUACUUGCCAAGCAAGGUAAAAUGUCAUUGUCAGAAGCCAAAAAGCGGAAGAUCAUAUCAGAAUCCAGCGCAGAUUUACUUUUGGAAGCGCAAGCUGCUACAGGUUACAUCAUUGACCCAAACACUGAUAAGAAAUUAACAGUAGAAGAAGCAUGUGCCAAAGGAGUUGUGGAUUUCAAAGACAAAAACAGAUUGUUGGCUGCUGAAGGUGCGGUUGUUGGCUAUAAGGAUCCUUCUUCUAGAAAGCCAAUUGCAGUGUUUCAGGCUAUGACGAAAGGAAUUCUUGAUGACAAGACUGGGCUACGUCUUUUACAGGCCCAAGACUCAGUGGGAGGAAUUGUAGAUCCUAAUCUUGGUAUAUUCCUACCAAAAGAGAAAGCUGUUAAGCAGAACCUUUUAGAUGAAAAGCUUUACCAGUCAUUAAAACAAAAUCCUGCAUGUUACAUUGAUCCAGAGAAUGAGCGCAAUGUCAGUUAUGGGACCUUGAAGGCAAGGUGUAACACAAACAGUCAAACAGGACAACAUGUUUUGCCAGUGUCAGAGAAGUUUGACUCUUCCAAAUUAAUUUUUGAAGGUGUGUGCAAGACAGUCACAGCACAGCAACUUCUUGAUUGUGGAAUUCUGGAUAACCGAGCAUUUAAUCAACUGAUGAAAGGGGAGAAAACUAUUUCAGAAGUUACUGUUGAGAAAAAGGUCUUUCUGAAGGGAACAGGAUCAAUUGCUGGUGUUGCUGCUGGACCUUUAGGGAAAAUGUCAUUCACUGAGGCAAAGAAACAAAAAAUUAUGUCAUCUGACAGUGCCAAUAUGCUUCUUCUAGCACAAGCUGCCACAGGACACAUUAUUGACCCUAGGACUAACCAAAAACUUUCUGUAAAAGAAGCAUGUGCCAGAGGAGUAGUGGACAAAGAGGAUGAAUCAGUGUUGUCUGCAGCUGAGGCUGCUGCCACAGGUUUCAAAGAUCCAGAUUCAGCCAAACUUUUGUCAGCAGGCCAGGCAAUGAAAAAGGGGUUACUUGACAAGAACACAGCUUUGCAAGUACUUCAAGCUCAAGAGUCUGUUGGUGGAAUUUUGGACCCUAACCUUAGUGUAUUCCUACCCAAAAACAUUGCAAGGAAACAGGACCUGAUUGAUGAGGACCUAUGCCAGGCCUUGAAUCAGUUGCCUGCGUGUUUUUUGGACCCAGAUACUCAACAACCAACUACAUACAUGUCACUUAAGAAGAAAUGUAAAUCUGAUCUAAGCACAGGUCUUUUGCUUCUCCCUAAACCUAAACAGCCAAUGACUAUACAGGGACUUCGAAAUCAGGUGUCUGUCACAGAGCUUGUUGAAGCAAACCUGAUAAGCAAAUCUGAUGUGGACCAACUGAAUCAAGGUAAACUGACAAGCAAAGACAUUGAAGACCGUCUUCGUUCAUAUCUGAGAGGUUCCACCUGCAUAGCAGGAGUUUAUGAUGAGGCCCAUGAUAAAGUGAUGACAAUCUAUCAAGCCAUGAAAGAUGGACUGUUGCGAUGUGGAACUACUCUUGAAUUACUUGAAGCCCAAGCUGCCUCAGGUUUUGUUAUUGAUCCAGUCAAUAAUUUAUUUUUGACUGUUGCCGAAGCCUACAAUAGAAGGCUUUUUGGGCCAGAAUUCAAGGACAAAUUGCUAUCAGCAGAAAAGGCUGUAACUGGUUACAAAAUGCCUGGAACAGACACGAUAAUUUCCCUCUUUCAGGCCAUUGAGAAAGGUUUAGUAGAAAAAGGUCACGGCAUUCGUCUUUUAGAGGCCCAAAUUGCCAGUGGUGGCAUCAUUGACCCUAAACAUAGCCACCGCAUUGAAGUGAAUGUUGCCUACAAGAGAGGUUACUUUGAUGAAGAAAUGAACAAGAUCUUGACUGAUGAAAGUGAUGACACUAAAGGUUUCUUUGACCCAAACACUGAGGAGAACCUAACCUAUCUGGACCUUAAGAAACGCUGUAUCAUAGACAAAAAGACAGGUCUAACACUGUUGCCCAUCACUGACAAGAAAAAACAAGAAUCAACCAAAAAGAACACCGUAAGGAAGAGAAGAGUGAUAAUUGUGGAUCCAGACACUGGUAAAGAGAUGACAAUCCGUGAAGCAUAUGACAAAGGAUAUAUUGAGUAUGACACCUACAUAGAGCUGUCAGAGCAGGAGUGUGAAUGGGAAGAGAUUACUAUCACUGCUCCAGAUGGUUCCAUGCAUUUUUUUAUCAAUGACAGACGAUCUGGAAAAAAGUUUGACAUCUCUGACCUGCUUGAAAAAGGAGUCAUCAAUGAAUCAAUUGUUCAGCAGUAUCGCACUCGAACCAUUACCAUCACACAGUUAGCAGAUAUCGUCACUGAAAAGACCAAACAUCUUUCACUAUCAUCAUCAUCAUCAUCAUCAUCAUCAAAUUUAAUACCGGCACAAACCUCAGGCACACUGUCAUCAUCAUCAUCGACGUCAUCAACAUCCAGUUCACGAACAUCAACAUCUUUGAGUACAUCUGUGACAAAAACCAUCUCAAAAACAUCAGGAGAACAUCAAAAGAAAACUGUCUCUGAUGGUGCUGUUCCUCCAUCAUUAGCAUCAUCUUCAUUGUCAUCUUCUACAUCAACAAUCGUGUCAGGACCCUUAUCGCCUACAUUUACUAAAACAACCACAACAAGAACAACCACGUACACUGAAAAAAGCUCAACAGCCAGCUCUACUGUUAAAAAUUCUUCAGAAUCUCUUACACAGAAAUCCCAUGUAUCCAUCUCUAUAACUCCUGCCGGGGUUUUUGAAGAAGUGGAACCUGUGGGGGCAAUUUUUGACACUGAUACUGUAGAGAAGAUCUCUAUCAAAGAGGCUGUAAAUCGUGGUCUACUGGAUUCUAUCACUGCACAGAGAUUACUUGAGGCCCAAGCUUGCACUGGAGGAGUUGUCAAUCCCACAAAUGGCCAAAGAAUCAGCAUCCAAGAAGCCACCCGCAUAGGCAUAAUAACUGAAGACAUGGCCAAUAAACUCAAGCCUGCCCAGAAAGCCUAUAUUGGUUUUGAUGAUGUAAAAAGCAAGAAGAAGCUAUCAGUUGCUGAAGCCAUGAAGGAAAGGUGGCUCCCACAUGACGCAGGUCAGAGAUUCAUUGAAUUCCAGGUUGUAACGGGAGGGCUUUACGACCCAGAAAUGGACUGCAGAAGAAGCAUGGAGGAUUCUCUGAAGAUGGGCUGGCUGGAUUUGAGAACAGCACAGAAGCUCCAAGAUGCCAAACAGCAUGCAAAAGUGCUCACAUGCCCCAAAAGCAAACUAAAAAUCUCUUACAAAGAAGCCCUUGACAACUGUCUAGUGGAAGAAGGCACUGGGGUGAAAAUACUCCAGGCAUCAUCUGUGUCUUCCAGAGGCAUCAGCAGUCCAUAUAAUGUGGCUUCUGCCCCAGGAUCUUCCACAGGCUCCAGGAGUGGCUCACGCCGGAGCUCCCGUAGGGGCAGCUUGGACUUAGGUUCCUCACUACCAAACUACAGUAGCUUUACAGCCUUCUCAUCAACCAAAUAAAUCAAGCAAUGAACAAACAGAAAAAAACAACAACAUAAUUUUCUUAUGUGCAGUAAUGUACUAAAUGUUUUAUAUUUGCUUGCAGAGAAAAUAUUUUCUUUCUUUAGCAUGUUCUACAAUUUUGCUUUGGUAUUGCUGGGCUUUGGGAACUCCAGUUUCAUUUUAUUAUAAUGAACAAUCCCAAGAUAUUUUUAAAAGAAUUAGGAAAAUACUAAAAGCGGCUUUAAUGUAUUUGGAAUGGAAAUAAAGUUUAUAUAACAACAUAUGUGAUGUAACAGAGGUUUAGCAUUGCUUUUAUUCUUAUUUGCAUACCUUUUCAAAAUUACUUUCUCAAAACUCUAUGAAAUGUUAUUUCAUUUGAACUGAAAACAUAACCCUAUUCUUAUCAUGCAUUUUAACACAUGAUCUGUGCUAUGCUUGCUUCCCGGGGUAAAGAAUACAAUGUUUGGUGAAGUUAUUGAUUUUUUUACUCACUGAGCUGUUAAUUUCUCUUGUGAUAUGCGCUGCAAGGUUUGUAAUGCUUUUUCAUCUUUAUUGAAUAAAAUCAGUCAUUUUCUCA